AUGGCUAGAGAAAGGCGAAAGCGACGUAGCAACAUGUCCGAACUACCGUCUGGAGCUUUGCGAAAAACCCAAGGUGACCGACGAGAACUAUGCUCAGUCUCGUAUUUCCUCUCCAUCAGAUACCUGGGAGAAGAGAUAUCGGAGGGUAAAUGGGUCGCAAAUCAAAUGCUGAAGGAUGGCGAAGCUAAGAUCAGAAUCUUCGAAGUCGCCGAAAAAUUCAUCGACAAACUCCCAAACGAAGAACGAACAGCAUUGGGAAAACAUAUAGCAAAUCGAGCAUGCAUCGAGAUCUUCGAGAUACCGUCCACUGUCGUUUACAGGAGGAACCAUAGAAAAAGACCAGGACUAUUGCACCCUGGUAGCGUUGGAGAGUACGUCACGGCACGUAAAAUCUUCUAUGCUAUCGAAGCCAUCUAUUGCAACAGAGGCUGGGACACCGCUGUUCCCCAGGACAUGUUGGACCAGUCUACACAAUGGGAAGAGACAAAGACGACAAGCGUCCAAAACAUUUAUCGACAGGUCGGUCUCCAGUGCAUGGUGAAGCGCGUUCAGUAG